GUGGUGAAGGUUCAGUGCGUUUUGAUAAUAUAGUGUACAGUAUAGGCGUAAGCUUUGAUUGGAUUAUUGCGUAUUGUUAAUUGUUACACUUAAUGUCUGAGCUGGACCUUAAGCUUGAAUAAUCUGUUGAUUGUGGAAGCCAUGGAUCAUAAGUAAAAAAAAAAAAAAAGUUAAUUUGAACUGUAUUAGGAAACAUGGAGGAUAUGUCAUGUCAUCUUACACCCCGUGAAGAACAGACUGUAAAGGAGUUUAUGGAAAUUGUGAAUGACCUGAGAUUAAGAAGAAAUGCUGGACCAUUACAGUGGAAUACAGCUGUUAAAUUUAUGAUGGCCAGAAAGUUUGAAGUUCACAGGGCAUUAGCUUUAUAUGAAGCUCACGAGAUAACUCGAUUUAAAGAAGGUCUUGUGAGAUUUGACCCUCAAAAUAAUCCACUGAAGAAGGAGUUGGAAACAGGAAAAUUUACAGUCUUGCCAACAAGAGAUAGCACAGGAGCAGCAAUUACUAUUUUCACUGCAAAUAAGCAUUUUCCAUUGAACAGUUCUCAUCAAGUAACUCUACAGGGACUUGUUUAUCAGCUGGAUGUUGCACUACAUAGUGUGGAUACUCAACGUUGUGGAAUAAUUUUCAUUUACAAUAUGAUAGGGUCCAAGUAUGUGAACUUUGAUUAUGAACUUUGUCAAAAGAUUUUGAGUCUUCUAAAGGGGGCAUAUCCAGCUCGGCUGAAAAAAGUUCUUAUUGUGGCAGCUCCAAUGUGGUUCAAAGCUCCAUUCAAAAUCUUAAGACUGUUUGUUCGGGAAAAGCUCAGAGAACGGGUAUCUAUGGUUAACCUACCUCAAUUAUCUUUGCACAUACCACGAGGAUCCCUGCCAUGGGAACUGGGAGGUAUCCUUCGACUGGACCAUAAUGCAUGGCUUCUUCAUUGCCUUAAGACUAAUUCUAAUGGAGAUCUUUGUGACAUUUCAUCUAUUCCCACGUCUCCAUCGUCCGGUAUGAUUCUUUACCAGUCCUAUGAAGGAAUGAUGCAGAAUGGGAAUGGUCCACUUAGUGAUGGAGAAAUGGAGGAUCUUGGAGAACUUACUUCAUCUGUCCAUGAAAAACAUAACUGUGAAGAAAGGGAGAAAGAGGUAGAAGUUGUAAAAAAACAGAAUCAGGAUACAAUGCUCUCUCCAUGUUCUACCAGGGCUGACAUCUCUGUAGAGGACAAACUUAGAGAUGCCAGUUCUCUGACAUCUAAUCCGGAAAGAGAUUCUUCAAAAGAUGGCAAAAAAGGAAACAUGUUACUUGAGGAGUUCAUUCAGCAUCUUUGUCAGAAGGGUAGGAAGGGACUGUAUGAAGAAUAUGCUGAGAUCAAAAGCAAACCUUUGGAAGGCACUUUUAAUAUUGCAAAAUUGAAACCUAAUCAACCAAAAAACCGCUACAGCGAUGUAUUAAGCUAUGACCACUCCCGUGUAAAGCUUACAUGUCCAGCUGACCAACCAUCCCUUGACUAUAUUAAUGCUAAUUAUGUUGAUGGAUUUCAGCAAGAAAAAGCUUUUAUUUCAACUCAAGGUCCUCUGCCUAAAACGUUUUCUGAUUUCUGGCAAAUGGUUUGGGAACAGAAAUCACUUGUGAUUGUCAUGACAACACGCACAAUUGAACGUAGCAGGGGGAAGUGUGGUCAGUACUGGCCCAAACAGGAAGAAACCAGUGUUAACUAUGGUGAUUUCAACAUCUUUAACAAUGGAGUUGAACAUUUCAAAGAUUUCAUUCUUACAAGUCUGGUACUUACGGACUUAAAGACGGAGACUUGUCGAGAAGUUGUCCAUUUGCAGUUUAUCAGCUGGCCUGAUUAUGGAGUUCCCCACUCAGCUUUGGCCAUGCUGACUUUCCGUGACAAAGUAAGAGAGCAACAGGCCCAAGCAUUACUAGUGUUAGGAACAGAAUGGAAGGACCAUCCUCGUGGUCCACCUAUUAUUGUACACUGUAGUGCUGGUAUUGGGAGAACAGGUACGUUUAUCACACUAGAUAGCUGUAUUCAACAACUAGAAGCUACAGGAAUGAUUGAUGUUAGAGGAACGGUAGAAAAGAUUCGAUUCCAGCGAGCCCACAGCAUCCAAAUGCCGGACCAGUACGUUUUCUGUCACCUUGCUCUUCUGGAAUAUGCAUUAAGUCGUGGACUGUUACAAGACAUUGAUUUGUCAGGAUUUGAUGACAGCGACUCAGAGUCAGAAUGAGGGGUUUUUCUUAGCGAAAUUUUAUGCUAAGUAAUCAAAGAGUGAAUUAGUUCUGUGUCUGCAUAUUGGACAAGGUACAGGUUGAAAGCCAGAAAAAGGGUAAUAUGCUCACCUGGUGUAGCUUACUUUACUUAGUUUAGAUCUGUCUUUAAGUUUGGUUACUUCCUCUUAUCACAUGAUGUUUACAAGUUAAAGAAUAAUGUUUCAGUAUAGUAUGUCUGUAAUUUUAACGUUAGAUCCAUGGGUGUAAACAAUCAAGAACACUACCAUCUCAUUGAUUUCAAAGGUGUAAUUUUGAAUCUCAGUUUCUGUUUAAUGGUGUCGAGAUAACAGAAUUCAUGUUGGAGCUUGGUAACAUAAUGUUUAAAACCAGUAUUAAUUCUGUCAGUAUGAUUUUAUUUCCCUUAAUUUUCUUUCAGUAGUUUGGUAUGUAAUCUAUAUAAAUUCCUACCAUGUUUCCCCUUCUAUCCCUAAGUGUAUUAUAAAUACAGUCAAGAAUAAUUAGUUUUUUAAUAAAACGCAUCAACUGAAAUGAAUCUGGUAACAUACUGCAAAUAAGAUAUCCUUCUACGUUUGAAU